AUGGCGAAUCGUUCUUCUUUGGUAGUGGGAUCAAUCUUAAAGAGCUGCAAUCAGUUUACCAAAUCCAAAUCCAAAUCCAGAUCCAAAUGUUCAGACAGUAGCAAAGCUCUUGCCGACGCGGAAUCGAAAUUGAUGCAAUCCGCUAAUGCUCAGGUCAACGUCAGGUUCCUGGUGAGGAGCGAACCCAAGCAAACCUUCGACUUUUAUGUAAUCUCAACCGAAGGCAACUCUUUCAGACUAUUAGACGAGGAUGAUGAGGAUCUUCCUCGCAACUUAUUGUCUGUACUCGGAUUUGGAGACUACCUGUGUGACGUUCUUGGAUGUUGCGGCUCAUGGAUUUGGUUGAAAUAUUUUGAAUUUGGUUCCAAGGCACAGGAUCUUCUGUGGGACAUGGAGACGGAUACGUGUAGAUUCGUCUGUUCGCCCUCGGCUUUCCUAAACACUCUUGAUAGCGUGUGGGCUUACGGCUUCGGGUUUGAUCCUUCAUCUGGGCACUAUAAGCUGGUCAGAUGUUGGGUGGACCGCUUUCUAGAAAGCUACGCUGAGGUGUUUACCCUGGGAACUAGUUCGUGGAAGGCCGUUCACUGUCCUUAUGAAACCCACUUGAGCUUGAGUGGGUUCCUUUCUAUUCACAUUAAUGGCUUCUACUAUUGGAUAGUUCGAGGGUUUAGGGACAGUUUCUCCAUCAUGUCGUUCGACUUUGCUAAUGACCAGUUUCAUGCUCUUAUCCCUGUACCCAAAAAGGAAAAGUUGUGGAAGUUGAUGGACGUUGCUCUAGUUGAGUUUCAGGGCUCUCUUGCGGUUAUUUAUUUAGAGUCCGAGGUCAAUCCUUUUCUUUUUGAGAUUUGGGCUUGGAAUGCGCGAGGCAGCUUCUGGUCCCUUGUCUCCACAUUCGAUAUCCCUGCAGCUGCUGCGCCUCGUAAUGUGCUGAACCUCUACAACAAUGAUAAAUUGUUUUAUCAGGACACCAAAGGUGACUUGAUGAUUUAUGAUCAUACUACCAGACGGCUCGAGAAUUUCUGGAUCCCUAUCGAUAGAAGAGGGGUUGCCAAGUUUUUCCCUUAUGUCAAGAGCUCUGUUGCUCCUAGCUCCAGCAAUUAA